GAAAAAAUAUAAAAAAUUAGGCUGCCUGUCUAUACGCAGCCUAUGUGAUUCACCUGAAUCCUGUCAUAAGACCAGUGGAGGCUGCUGAGGGAGGAAUGCUCAUAAUAAUGGCUGGAAUGCAGCAAAUGAAAUGGCAUCAAACCAUGUGUUUGAUGUAUUUGAUAUCAUUUCACAAAUUCCACUCCAGCCAUUACCACAAGCCCGUCCUCCCCAAUUAAGGUACCACCAACCUCCUGUGCAUAAGACCUAAUGGAAUAACGAAGAAGCAGUGGCUUCAAAGGGGAUUAGGAUACUGUUGAGUAGGGCUCAAAACUGUAGCCCGGUAAGCCAUACCUCCCCAGGGUAAGCCAUACCUCCCCAGGGUAAGCCAUACCUCCCCAGGGUAAGCCAUACCUCCCCAGGGUAAGCCAUACCUCCCCAGGGUAAGCCAUACCUCCCCAGGGUAAGCCAUACCUCCCAUGUUUUCACUGCUUCCUUCUGUGCCGUCCCUUCUUUCUGUGUGAGUGUGCUGUGAGUAUGUGUUGAUGACUGAAAGUGUGCUUUAGUAAGAUCUCCACAGCCACACAUUCCUCUCAGUUCACAUUAAAGUGGCAAUCUGCAGUUCAAACAAUAACAAAGCGGCCACCCCGUCACCGAUGGUCAGUCCUUGUAUCUAUAGCUCUGUCCAUGAGUUUGAGUGGUUACAUUUCUCCAGCCCCCUCCCUCAGCUGUUUACCUAAUCCAUGUUUUAAGGCUAUACAGUGUUUGUUCCAAUUUACAUUGUUUAUAAACAAAGGAGUAAAACAAGCAUAUAUAGUUUGUUCUGAUGGGGAACGACAGCUCAUGAGGCAUCAAUAAGUUAUAUUCUUCAACAAAUGUAUGGGUAUACAUCCUACAUUUAAAAGUCUAAAAAUGGAUGUAGCAACUGCAGAUUGACGCUUAAGGAGGGGUUAGUCUCAUGAAAAUGUGAGUGUGCGCUCAUGUGUGAGACACAAACUGCUGGCAGUUGUGAAACAGUUUUAUGGUGAGAGGCAGCAUCAAGAAGGAAGAAUAUCACCACUCUGAUUGGAGACAGACGAGCUUCAGAUGGAAGUGAUCCCCACAGCUAUGCAUUAUCAUGGAAGACUGGCACUACUGUGGCAUGAUGUCAUCGUGGAGUGUGCUCUUGACACUUUGACCCGGACAUCACGUCCUCAGGCAGUGCAGAGGAAAGCCGCUGUGGUAGACCCCCAGAGUGUGAUCACAGCCAUCGACCACUUCUGCAAACAUAGAGAAUGGGCCAUGAAUAUGGGCGAGGAGAAAGGCUCCAUUCCGGACUCUGUGGUCAAUGAAGUCUUGGAGUUAGGCACUUACUGUGGGUACUCAACAGUGUGAAUAACUCGCCUAUUACCCCCUGGCGUCAGUGUCAUUACCUUGGAGUUCAACCCAGAUUAUUCUGACACUGCUCGUCAAGUCAUCAGAUGGUCAGGACUGGAGGAGAAGGUGCAGCAAGUGGAGGGAGCCUCAGAAACUUGGAUCCCUCGAUUGAAGGAGCAUUUCGGGGCCCAGGCGUUUGACUUAGUUUUCCUGGACCACUGGAAAGAUCGCUACCUUCCUGACACAAAACUUCUGGAGUCCCCCAACUCUAUCCUCCUAUCUCCCUCUCUCUCUAGGAGUGUGGUCUCAUACAGAAAGGCACAGUGAUGAUGGCAGACAAUGACAUCUGUCCAGGAACCCCUGACUAUCUGUAGUACGUCUGCAACAGCUCUCACUACAACAGCCACUACUACAGUGUUAUGCACUUGAGUGAGGACCCAAAAGCGGUUUAACAAAAACAGAGUUCUUUAAUGUGAACACAGGGUAGACAUAGAUCCUCUUCAGAUGUAGAUAAUGGGAAAAUAGACAACCCGCAGAGAGGGCGACAAAUGAAACAUAAAGUCCCUCUGAUAAUUUACAAGAGAGUCCCCUUCUUAGCAGCAGAGGAGAAUAGCUGGGUUAGCGGCGACAGGCUGCAGGUCGCUCUGGGUAGGCGCGGGUCGUAGAGGAACAGUGGUACCUGAUCUCACGUAGCAUCAGAUGAACUGGACACAGUGCAAACAAAAGACAGUUAGCUGAGUACAGGAUGCACCUGCCAGGCAGAUUCCAACAGGAUAGGACAAGGAUGAAGCAAACGAGACGAUAGUUUGUUUCUGGCAUGAGAAACUCAAACGAGAAUCUGACACCGAAAGAAGCAGGAACAGAGAGAGAAAUAGAGACCUAAUCAGAGGGAAAAAGGGAACAGGUGGGAAAAGGGUGAACAAGGUAGUUAGAGGAGAUGAGGAACAGCUGGAAGAGGAGAGAAAGAGAAGGUAACCUAAUAAGACCAGCAGAGAGAGACAGAGUGAAGAGAAAGAACAGGAACAAGACAUAAUAAGACAUGACAUACAGAUCACACCUGGAGUACACUAAAGCAGAGAACGUCCUGGGGAAGUCUGUGUUCUUAGGGUACUAGCCAAACAGUGAGCAUCUUGCUUUAAAACACCAACUCUCUCUUGAUAAAACAUUUUGGGUUAGUUUCAAUUCAAAGUGCCGCCUUUAUGACAUGCUGUAACUUACUGUGCUAAGCAUUUCUUUACCUGUAGAACUGAUAUUAUCUAGAGUAAGCAAAUAUGUCUUUGAAAAACUAUUUCUACUUGUGUUUUGACAUUGUCACAAUGCUGUCUUGCUAUGCAAAUGAUGAAAAUACCAUCAGUUUUACAGCUGCAGAAUUACAGUAGUGUGAUGUCUUUUUCAAACAUGGAUUUAAUACACUAGGUGGCAGUGGUGUGCCUUUUUAGAUAUUCAAUCAGACAACUGAAAAGCAGCAUGCAGUGGUCCCGUCAUUACUUCAUAGCAUUUAUAGCCUUCUUUCAGGUGUAGGUAGACAGAAAAUGGUCUAAAGUCUUACACCAUAUCUAGCAACUUAAAAUAAUUAUUAAUAUUGUGUUUUGACACUGUAUCAGAUCUACAUUGAGUUAUUAAAGGUUCUGUGAGAAAGGUCUAUGUUGCACUGCUUUAAACUAAUUUUAUAGAUUUAAAUCUUUGAUUUGAUAAAAUCCAAUGGGUAUCAAACAGAUCACUAAGGUAUCAACUUAAGUCGGAUAUUAACAGUACUGAUUAAUGUGACUUAUCCUGGAGAUACUAUAGAAAAUGAUCACAUCUAUACAGUAGAGAAACAAAUGCACCAGAUGUACCUGAUUGUGAAUCACAGUUUUGUUUCAGUUGAUAGUUGGUAGAAUAUGUCCCUUACAUGAUAUUUCGACAUGUGAAUUAACAGGUGUGUAUGAGAAUGUGUGAAUCAAAUCAAUGCCUUUCUAAUCUCCCCUGCAGAGUGACGGAGUGACGGUGUUCCAUCAUAAAUGGGGGAGGGACUACAUAUAGAACAAGCUGCAUAAAAAUAUAUAGGCUAGUCCACCUAGGGAUUUCUUCACAGACACC